AUGAGUUCAGCAAAUACACCCCGGAUCGAAUUCAAUCCGUUUGAGGAUCCUCCGGACACAUCAAAUGAUGCACCCUACCUCAACUCGAACCAGUCGAGUGAUUAUCUGAGUAGCAUGGAACCAAGUCGACCUGGUAGUGCUGGGNGGAUCAGACCCAAGGACAAGAAGAAGGUUGGCUUCCAUCCGGACGCGGAGGAACCACCGCUAUUCAGAAAGCAUCGCCCGGCCAGCAUUACACUACCUACGAGGAUUACCUUGACGCCACCCAGUGGACUUAGUCCUGGCUUCUCGGUUUCCGAGAGUCCCUUUACUUCACAUUCUCGAGGUUCUAGUGGAACAGGUGAGGCAUUGCUAUCGUCUUACCGUAGUCAUGCUCCCGAGGUAUCUUCAGAAGUCUCCGACCAGAUCAAGGCUGCCUUUGCCUCUUCGUCCUCACCAACCGCCUCGUCGCCCACCAUGCCACGGAUGCCUCCGCGACCUGUCCUUCGGCGUGGCGACUCGGCACUAUCGACUGUCUCAGACAAUGAUCACGAAAACACAGUCCAGAGUCGACGGGCUCGUGAGGCGCAUGAACGUGGAAAGAGACUGGAACUAGACGAGCGCAUAUCUUCGGCACCGGCUUCUAGAGCCACCUCACCCGCGCGCAAACUCGGCCUACCCAAGCUCAAGCUAAAUCUCAGUGAGAUCCCUCUACAAGAUUUCAGCAAGGUCGACUUCUCUGAGGAACCUUCCGAACAUGACCCCCUUCAUCAUCUCGAUGACGAAACUUCUGAUGACCUUCAUGCAUCGGCACACAAGCUUGUGCGUGUUCAUGCCUCAACGGCUCAACAAGUUCUACACAUGGAUUCCUCUUCCGGCUUUGUGUCUGCUGCAGCCACCCCCAACGAAGAGCGUGAAGCCUACCUCGACUAUGUUCCAAAGCCCGAACGUCACCGUGCAGGCGUCUUGGGUGCUUUGCUUCGGCUUUACAACCACGAUGGCCCAGCUGAUUCAGGUCAUGACCGCUCCUCUAGUGUGCCACGACCUGCUCACUUUCGCGAUGGAAGCAGUGGCUUCAACACUCCACAACACUCGCCUCCUUCCUCUGGAUACAACACCCCAAGCAGUAGACCCCUCUCUGGUUAUAGUACACCUGGUGGCAGACAAUCAAGGCUAUGGCACUCGAAAAGCUACAGCAACUCGACAUCUUCUCUGGCCUACCUGGUUGGUUCUUCUGUAAGCGGAGGUACUCCGAUCGCCGGUCUGCCUCUAGGAGAACAGGUUACAGAAAACUUACGCCAACGUCACGAAUCCGAGAAGAGAGCGAAAAAGUCUCGCGGCAAUAAUGUUCUCAGCCGCAUGGGUCGCUCUCGACUGGAUGAGGAAAUCAGGAUUACAAAACAUAUCAAAGAGAAUCUGGCCCGACAGAAGUAUCUCCUAAAGCUUUGCCGAGCUUUGAUGACCUACGGUGCCCCAACCCAUCGUUUGGAGACGUAUAUGCGUAUGAGCGCCAGAGUACUCGAGGUUGAUGCUCAAUUCCUUUACAUGCCCGGUUGUAUGAUAUGUUCAUUUGAUGACCUCUCAACUCACACAACGGAAGUUAAGAUGGUCCGCGCUGGUGAAGGUCUGAGUCUUGGAAAACUCAGAGAUUGCCACGAAGUCUACAAGGAGGUUCUCCACGAUCGUCUAGGAGUCGACGAAGCCACGGAUCGUCUGAACGAGAUUUUCAACAAGGAACCACAUUUCAAGAACUGGGUCAUGGUACUCGUUAGUGGCCUUGGCACAGCAUCUGUUGCACCUUUUGCAUUCAAUGCUGGCUGGAGGGACCUGCCCAUUUGUUACGUUCUUGGUUGCAUUGUGGGGUACCUUCAGGUGGUCUCCUACAAGAAUGAGGGCGUUUUGAACAUGUUCGAAGUUCUUGCGACUAUUAUAACAUCGUUCCUGGCUCGAGCCUUCGCAUCCAUAGGCAACGGUCGCUACUUUUGCUUCUCAGCCUUGGUCCAGUCUUCGAUUUGCUUGAUUCUGCCCGGCUGGAUAGUACUUCGCGCCUCGCUGGAACUUCAAUCGAAAAGUAUGGUCUCUGGAAGCGUGAGAAUGGUCUGGGCUAUCAUCUAUUCACUUCUCCUUGGAUUUGGAAUCACGAUCGGAACCGUUUUGUACGGUGCCAUCGACAAAAAUGCAGUGUCGACAACUGUGUGCAGAGAAGACCGCGAGAUUGGUUCGCACAUUCAGUUGAUUGCCGCACUGAUCUUCUCGUUCUCUUUGUGCGUGCUGAACCAGGCCAAGUGGAGGCAAAUGCCUGUUAUGAUCAUAAUCGCAUUCAUAGGACGUCUGGUGAGCGUGGGUCUUGCGACUAAAUUUGAGGGCAACGCACAGAUCAGUGCUACAAUCGCUGCUCUUGCUAUCGGUCUCGCUGCAAACCUGCAUUCACGCUUUGGAACCAAGAUCGAAAACAAAGCUCUGGACGUUUGGGAAAGCCAUCUGCGGCCACACGUCAGAGCUUUUCACAAGCGAAUUCGAGGUAAAUCCACAGCUCUGCGCGACCGACAUUCUAAGAAGAGGAUGGAAAGCAUGGAGUCUGGAGAAGGUUACGACAGCGAAAGUAUUUUUACGCCGCACAUCAGACGCGUAGGUUACGGUCUCGCAGCCGCGGCCAUGUUGCCCGCCAUCCUCGUACAGGUGCCUAGUGGACUUGCUGUCAACGGAAGUCUGCUCUCUGGUGUACAGGCUGCCGAUCAGAUUGCGGGAAAGAGUCAGAACGGGAGCACGGUCACUGAUGCCAAAACACUUCAAUCUGGCGGCAGCGUAAAUUCUGUUGCUUUUAACGUCGGAUAUUCCGUGGUGCAAAUCGCAAUCGGCAUCACGGUAGGAAUAUUCGCAUCGACGUUGAUAGUGUACCCUUUUGGCAAGAGACGCAGUGGUUUGUUCAGUUUGUGA